AUAUGGAAUAUAAAUACACAGCGAUACUUUACUGCAGUAAAUCACUGGUUUCAUCUUUCACAGUGGAAACAGUGGGAAUACUCCAGUAAAGUACCUCAUAGUUUUACUGCAGUACAGUGUUGAGUAAAUGUACUUAGUUACUUUCCACCGUUUGAAUGUAUUUAAAAACUUGAAUGAACACAGACUGUAGUCACGUGACGCGUAAAGGUGUGUUUGGUAAACUGGAGGCACGCGCGCCUCUUCCAUGUGAUUUGACCGUGAUCCUCUCGGGUUCAUGGUGGGAUGUGGCACACUUCUGACAGAGAGGAAGUGCAGGAGAUGAAGGAGGUGUCGCAGACAGGAGGCUGUUUGUAGUUUAUUGCAGGCUGCUGCUGCAGACUGUGGGAAAGUCUCAGGUGUGAGGAGUCCACGAACACGCGGCUCCUCCCGGACUUAUAAAGAGCUUGAGAGAGGACUGAGCAGAGAGGUUUGCUGUGACUGAAGACUCUGAUGGCUCCUGUAACUCACACCAGACCCGAGGAUCAGCCUGCGGAGACCUGCAGCUCCAACAAGCUGCGUAAACUGAUGGUGGAGAAGGUGAGGAGGGACCGCAUCAACCACAGCAUCGAGCAGCUCAGAGCACUUCUGCAGCGGGCAGAGCCGAGCUGCAGGCUGGAGAAGGCGGACAUCCUGGAGAUGGCCGUGGGGCUCCUGAGGCAGCGAGCCUUGGCCCGCGUCGCUCCCAGCUACUCGCAGGGCUUCUCCCAGUGUCUGCAGGAGACCCUCCGCCACCUGUCGCUGCACGCCGCCCUGCAGCCCGCAGAGAGGGAGGAAAUCAAGCGCUUCUACGUGCUGCAGAGAGCCGCGCUGCAGAGGCACAUGUCAGGGCAGAGAAGCCGCCGGACUGUGGCGCGGAAGCGGUCAUCAGCGCGGUGUCACGGCUCUCUGUGGAGGCCCUGGUAGCACCAGCUCACAGACUAUACAGACUGCUGGAAGCUUUAUCAGCUGUGCAACAUUUGCACAUUUACAGAUGAGUUUGUCUACAAUGUAGGCAAACAGAAGAAGCCUCAGUAUCUCCUUCUGUGAAGGCGCAGUCAGGCCUGCAGCUCCUGUCAUCCAUCUGUCUUCAUGUUCUAAUCCAUCACUUAUUAAACAUUCCUGAUGUUCAGUGA